CCCCCCCCCUCCGCUUGACUCAAAGAAUGAGCGCUGCCGACGCCGACAUGGUCGCGCAGCUGAGUCUGCUGGAGAUUGCCAACCUUCUCCUCGCCAAGCUGCUGUCGUACGUCCCUUCGCUGCCAUCGCACGGACCCAUCUUCGAGCUGCUCCACCAUGCGUUCUACGAGGCUCCGGCAUACCAUCUCAUUCUUGAGGGUCUGUUGGUAUUAUCCAUCCUGUGGCUCGUCGUUCGCAAGUCGGACAAGUCCAAGGACAAGGGGCCCAAGCUCACUGCCAAGGAGGUGGAAGAGAUUAUCGCAGAGUGGCAACCCGAACCGCUUGUGCCCGUGAGCGGCCCUGAACCAGUCGUCGUCCCUGUUGUUCAAGGUCCCGCUGCUGCCUUUGUCCAGAUCGACGGCCAGAAAAAGAUCAACCUUGCUUCGUUCAACUUUUUGAACUUUGUGGGCAACAAGAAGGUCGAGGAUGCGGCUGUCACCUCGCUGAAAAAGUAUGGCGUCGGAUCAUGCGGUCCACGCGGCUUUUACGGCACCAUUGACGUCCACCUCGAAUUGGAGAGCAAGCUGGCCAAGUUCACCCAAACGGAAGAAGCUGUGCUGUACUCGUACGCCUUCUCCACUGUCGCAUCGGUCAUCCCCGCCUAUUCCAAGCGUGGCGACAUUUUGUUUGUUGAUGAGGCCAUCUCCUUCCCCCUCGCGCAGGGUGUUCUCGCCUCGCGCAGCACCGUCAAGUAUUUCAAGCACAACGACAUGGCCGAUCUCGAGCGUCUUUUGAUUGAGCAGCAGCGCGAGGAUGCCAAGCUUGCCAAGAAGGCCAAGCUUUCUCGUCGCUUUGUGGUUGUGGAGGGCCUCUAUGCCAACACUGCCGAGAUUGCUCCUCUCAAGCGCCUUGUCGAGCUCAAAUGGCAGUACAAGGUCCGCAUUAUGCUCGACGAGACGUUCUCUUUUGGCGUCCUCGGCGAUCAUGGCCGUGGCAUUACUGAGCACUUUGGCAUUUCGCCCGAGGACAUUGAUAUCAUGACCUCCUCUCUCGAACACGCUGUCGGCUCGAUUGGUGGCUUCUCGUACGGCAAGACAUUCGUCAUGGACCACCAGCGUCUCUCGUCGCAGGGCUACUGCUUCUCGGCCUCGCUUCCUCCGCUCCUUGCUUCGGCAGCGUUGUGCGCUUUGGAAGCAAUGGAAAAGUCGCCCGACAUGUUCACCACCCUCCGCUCUCGCUCCAAGGCCAUUCACGCCAAGCUCUCGACGGCGCUUGGACGCCAUCUCGUCGUCAGCGGCGAUGCUAGCGCACCCAUGAAGUUCCUCACUGUCAAGCAGACCAAGGGACGAGCUGCCGACGAGGCGCUGCUCGAUUUGAUUGUUUCCAAGGCGAACGACAAGAAUGUCGUCCUUACCCGUGCCCGCUACAUUGAGGACUAUGAGCGAGUCCAGCGACCUCCGGCAAUCCGCAUUGCACUCAAUAUCGGCCACUCUGAAGGCGAGGUUGAGAAUGCCAUCCGAGAUAUUGCCGCUGCUGCCGACGAAGCUGCCAAGGCGCACUCCAGCUAAUUAACAUCCUCGUUUUCCACCGCUUUUUUUUCUUUGUUUUCCUCCGUUGGUUGAUUGUGUGCGAUGUAUCGUUGCUUGUGGAUUUUCUUGUUAUACUGUCGUGUAAUUGGAGAUCUUCACUACAA